AUGGCAGCAUCAAAAACCUACUUUGCUAGAGCAAACUACAGAUUCCUCCCAACCGAUCAGACGCUCACCAAAGGUUCAACGAUCUUCGAGCUCGACGAAUCCGACGUCUGGAACAUGGAUGACUGCUCGGCCACGCCGGAGUUCCAGAAAGCUAGUUCCAGAAUUUCCAGAAAGUCGGUAGCGCCGGCACCGAGAGUCGACGGCGGACCAGCGUCUCUUCCGGUGAACGUGCCGGACUGGUCGAAGAUAUUGAAGGAAGAGUACAGGGAGAACCGCCGCCGAGACACCGAAGGCGAUGAUUACGAAGACGAGGAGUAUGGAGAGAACGGGAGUCGGAUGCCGCCACACGAGUAUUUGGCGCGGCAAAUGGCGAGGACUAGGAUGGUCUCCUUCUCGGUGCACGAAGGGAUUGGUAGGACUCUCAAGGGAAGAGAUCUCAGUACGGUUAGAAAUGCAAUUUGGGAGAAAACUGGGUUCCAAGAUUGA